AUUCAAUGGCUGUUAGUUAGGAAUAUUUCUACACAUUCCCAUGAUUUAGUAGUUGACUAGCCAAAAUGUACAAAAUGUAGAUGUUCCGUUGAUGAUCCAUUCGCUCUAAACACUUCGUUUGUUGUACAGUUAUUAAUUUGUUCCAGUGACCACGUGACCUUUUCAACCAGAUAAAAGCUUUGCAAACUCCUGAAAUGGGUUAUGUUGGCCUUAAAUCUGUGGCUUAAAUCCGUUUGCUACGUGAACGGUUUUAAAUAAUAAAAAUGGAAUCUAAUGCCGUUUUAACGUGCUCCGUUAAUUUGGAAUGGCUCAACAAUCAGGGUACCACACAACGAAAGGUAGCAUACAAGACUGCUACCUUGAGACUAACUAGAAAUGAAUUCCAAGACAUUUUUCUGGAAAUUGCGCCGGAAAAAGGGGCCGAAAUAAGACUGAAACUAAAAUCCAUAACCGUUCACAAUAAAUUCAUGAAUGACGGAAAGGCUACCAUCAAAUUCCAACAGGAGAAAUGCACUGUAAUGCUUGUAAAUGCGGCACCAUCUCAACUGAUCAGUUUCUUACGUACCAUCUUUGUGAAGAUGACUGGCGAUAAAUCAUCCAAUUCAAAGAUGUCUCUACGAGCUCAGUUAUUGUCGAACAAGCCGAAAUCAUUCGAGGAAAUAAGCCCCGUGACGAUGGUUGAUUUGGAAAACGCACACAAGAAGAUUUCAAGAUCGACCGACACUACCCCGUCGCCAUCUAGUAAAAAACGGAAAAUCUCGGACGCGACCGGAAGGGCGCCCGUGGCAAAGAAGCUCCUGUCUGCAAUUCCCAAUGAAGUAAUGACCGACGAGCAGAAACGAGUUUUCGACGCCUGCAUGUCCGGGCUGAACGUUUUUUUUACGGGCAGCGCUGGAACAGGUAAAAGUUUCUUGCUUAAGAAAAUUAUAGCCGCAUUGCCUCCAAACGCGACUGCUGCAACCGCCUCGACAGGUGUGGCCGCUUGUCAUAUCGGAGGGACUACACUGCAUCAAUUUGCUGGUAUCGGACGAGGGGAAGCUACCCUUGAACGCAGCUUUGUCAUGGCCUCCAAGUCGGUUGUCGCACAGGGGUGGCGAAAAACCAAGCAUUUAAUUAUUGAUGAAAUUUCGAUGAUUGAUGCUGAUUAUUUUGAGAAAGUGGAAGAGGUGGCUCGAUACGUUAGAAGAAACGAUAAACCUUUCGGCGGUAUACAGCUUAUACUAUGCGGAGAUUUCCUGCAAUUGCCGCCCGUGACGAAGCGCAACGAGACGACCCGAUUCUGUUUCCAAUCGCCCAUGUGGGAACGCUGCGUUCAGCGUUCCUUCGAAUUAUCCGAAGUGCAUCGACAGCACGAUAGCGAAUUUAUUAAUAUUUUAAAUAAGUUGCGUUUGGGCGAGGUGCCCAAGGAGGUAGCCGACAAAUUAAUGGCGACAUCAAAGCAAAUAAUCGAACUUAACGGAAUUUUGGCGACGAGACUUUGUUCGCAUACCAACGAGGCAAUUAUGAUUAAUGAGUCGAAAUUGAAAAGUUUGGAGGGCGAGUCUGUAGCUUUUAAUGCGGUCGAUAGUGACGGAACGGCGACAAAGCAGUUAGACGAGCAGACGCCGGUGGCGAGCCAAAUUAUUCUUAAAAUCGGCGCCCAAGUUAUGUUACUGAAGAAUCUCAACAUUUCGUCUGGUUUGGUAAACGGGGCGCGAGGUGUCGUUGUGGGAUUCGAAGAUAACUUACCGGUGGUCACCUUUCGCAACCAAAAGUGUGCCAUAAAACAAGAACGUUGGUUAUGCAAAACUCCGUCCGGAAUGGUCAUAACUCGCAUGCAGGUGCCGCUCAAAUUAGCCUGGGCGUUUUCGAUUCACAAAUCCCAAGGUUUGACAUUAGACUGCGUCGAGAUGUCGUUGGGAAAAGUUUUCGAGGCCGGUCAAGCUUACGUCGCUCUCUCUAGAGCUAAAAGUAUGGACACUUUGAGGAUAUUGGAUUUCAAGGCAUCGCAAGUGUGGGCAAAUCCGACCGUCGUUGACUUUUACAAGAAGCUAAGAAGACGACUGGACGAUACUGAAAUUAUUCCGUUAGGUAGAAAAAAUACGAAUUCUAAAAGUACUUUACAAAAGGCAAAAGGGAAAUUAAGCAAAAUGAUAAUGGACAAACCUUUAGUUUCAAUUUCAUGAGAGUAUAUGACGUAUAAAUAAAUUUAUUUUGGUAUUUAAA